UCAAUUGAGACAAAUUCAAAAGGUUUUGAGAUCUUCUCCAAAAGUUGGUUUCCCAGAAACUCUCCUGUAAAGGCUUUGAUAUGCUUCUGUCAUGGCUAUGGUGACACUUGUACAUUUUUCUUUGAAGGAAUUGCUAAGAAGCUUGCGGCAUCUGGCUAUGGAGUUUUUGCAUUGGACUACCCUGGGUAUGGGCUCUCUGAUGGACUUCAUGGUUACAUACCUAGUUUUGACAGUCUUGUAGAUGAUGUGAUUGAGCAUUUUUCGAAAGUCAAAGAAAAUCCCAAAUACCAGAGUCUUCCGAGUUUUCUGUUUGGGCAAUCUAUGGGUGGAGCAGUUGCUCUCAAGGUGCAUUUUAAACAACCCCAUGCAUGGGAUGGUGCCGUUCUAGUAGCACCUAUGUGUAAGAUGGGAGAAGAUGUUCUACCUCCUUGGCCUUUACUGCAGCUGCUUACGUGUAUUUCAAUACUUUUUCCAAAAAUGAAGUUGGUUCCACCAAAAGAUAUAGCAGAGAUGGGUUUUAAAGAGCUGAAGAAACGAGAGCAGGCUUCUUAUAACGUUAUUGCAUAUAAGGACAAGCCACGGCUGAAGACGGCUUGUGAGUUGCUCAAAACCACUCAAGAAAUUGAAUGCCAGCUAGCAGAGGUAUCCCUUCCUUUGCUAAUUCUACAUGGUGAGGCGGAUGUAUUAACUGAUUGCUCGGUGAGCGAAGCUUUAUACGAGAAAGCAAGCAGCUCAGACAAGGAGAUUCUAAUCUACAAAGAUGCGUACCAUUCUCUUCUUGAAGGCGAACCUGAUGAAACCAUAAAUCUGGUACUCGAUAAUAUCGUAUCUUGGCUCGAGAAACGCUGUGCAAAGACAGAAUAGCGCAGAUUAGUUUAAUUUGUUUCUGAGAUCCACAAUGUCUGGCUUCUACUUGUGAAUAUGUAUGGAAAAAACGGUCAACAUGUUAUUCCUUCCCACGAUCUUCUUCAUGUUUUAUAUUUGUUGCUAUUUAGGGUUUGUGCUUCGUCUGCUGCUUUCUGUAUUCUCAUCCAAGAUGAGUAGUGCGAAUGUUAGGGGUGGAUGCACGUUUUAGAUUGCA